AUGCAUCUGAUUUGGGAGAAUCUCCUUAAAAAUCUGGUCCUUCAUUGGACUGGCAAGUUUAAGGGUCUUGACGAGGGGACAGAGUCUUACGAGUUGGACAAGAGCAUAUGGAAGGCUAUUGGUGAGGCUACUGCAAAGGCAGGAUCAACUGUACCCUCAGCUUAUGGGGCACGUGUGCCUAAUAUUGCUGGUGAUGGUGUGUACAUAUCUGCUGAGAUGUGGUCAUUUUGGGUGCUAUACCUUGGGCCAGUUCUCCUUCAACGGUGCUUCAAAGCAGAGUGCUACUACAAUCAUUUCAUACGUCUUGUCCAACUGCUCAAUGUCUGCUUACAAUUCGAGAUCUUGCACACCGAGAUUGAGUAUAUAUGGACUGGCUUUGCAAGCUGGGUUGAAGACUAUGAGAAAAUUUAUUAUCAGUAUAAUGUUGACCGCCUGUCAACAUGUCCACUGACCAUCCAUGUGCUCUUACAUAUCGCUGAUAGCAUCAGUGCAACUGGGCCUGUCUGGUGUUAUUGGGCCUUUCCAAUGGAAUGGUAUUGUGGUGCAUUACAACCGGCUAUUCACAGCCAUCGGUAUCCCUUUGCUUCGCUUGCAUGGCAUGUUCUCGAAGAUGCACAACUCACCCAGAUCAAAGCUUAUUAUGAUGUAGCGGAGAAGUUGUCCUUAUGGCAUUCUCAACAUGCACCAAUGGAGAGUACGGCAGAUCCAACAUGUCAGCUUCUCCCACCAAAAGCCUCAGAGUGGCCCUCAGCCUCAUCCCUUACUGCACUGCAGGGGGCACUGGUUACUCGCCUGAAGUGCCCCCUUGGUACAGUCAAACGACAUCUUCAGCAGGCCAAUGUCAUGGAAUGGGGACAGGUUCAAUGUAUUGACUUGGAUGCCGGUGAUACAAUGAGAGCAUCUGAAUUAGGUGUUGUUCACGAUGACAGCCGAGAUGCCUCUUGGGUUCAGCCUGAAUCAUCAUUUAUUAUGGCAUCCAUCAGGAGCUGUAAGUGUAUAGAAUCCGAGAAAAUAGAUGGUCUCGACAUCCAUUUCUAUACUGCGCUGGGUCAGCAGCAUGUUACAGAUAUCACCACAGUGCAAUGUCUGGUCGGAAGAGUACCCUGUGGACAGACCAAGUGGGCUAUCAUGGAUCGAAGUGGCUCUUUAGCUCGAGCGGUAUAUUCUGAAGAUGAUAGAGAUUUAGACUGA